AUGGAAUUGUUAAAUUAUGCUGCCACAAUAAUCUAAAAAACAUUCAGAGGUUUCCUUGCUAGAUAAGCUGUUAAAUAAAUAAGAAGAAUAAAUUAUUUCUCAUCUUUUGGUAUAAUAAUUAUCAUAAUUAGACCAUCAUAAUGAAUAUGGUUUUUGUAUUUAACCUUAAAAAUCAAAGAAAUCUACUCGUAAUGCUCAAUCAUUAAUAUAACCUACUAAACGAAUGAUUAGAAGUACUGUCUACAUUUAGAAAUGUUAUCGAGGGUAUUUAAGUAGAAAAUACGUUUGCAAUUUUUACAGAUUGAAAUAGAUUGUGUUAUUUUUAGAAGGACAUAUUCAUAAUUUCUUGAGAAAAGUAAAAUGAUUCUGAUAUUAGAGAAUUUAAUAAAGGAAAAUCAAUAUAAAGUAAUUGAUGGCAUAAUGUUACAAUUUUCAAACUCAAUGUAAAUCAAUUGCAAAAGGGAGAUAUAAUUACAGUAAAUAUAUGAAUUAGAAAUAAUUUGAUGAAAUUAAUGGUAUAAUAUUUACAUCUUUCUUGCAUCUAAUGAUACCAAAUUUUGAAAAACUGAAUUCUGAAUAAAAAUCUCAUUAUGUAGAUUAAAUCUUAGGAGUUGUUUAAUCAAAUCCCCCAAGAAAAACUAUGCCAACUUAGAUAAGUUCUAAGACUCCAUUAAAGUAGAGACAUAUCAUUUAAAAUGUCAGUGUAUUAUCUUCUGAAGUAAUGACAAGUAAUGGAAGUUGCACUUCUAGUCAUAAAUCCAAAUCUAAUUUGACAAAUGAAGAAUUUAAGUCAAUAUUACAAAGACAGAAUAAGAAAACAAAAUGA